AUGGACUUCGCCGCCUUGGCAGAAACUGGAGCUCCGUGGUCUAUCAAUGGUGAUUACCUUCGCAUUCCGUUGCACAGGUUUCCAACAGCCAGCAGUGCUUUCAAUCAGCUGCGUAGGCUUGGAAAACCACCUUCAGCCAGUCCCGAUAGCUUCAACGUCAACUCUCCAAAUAUGCGCGUCACUAUGGUUCUUCACGUUAUGGGGUCUGUAACCGCACACCUCAGAGGUCUAGGGGGCGGAGGGGUUGCAGGAUCAUCGAAGGUCAAAGAAGAUAUCAAGGUCAACUGGGCUUCUCAUCUCGGACCUUGGGUCGAGUUUCUCCUUGAGGUGGCCAUCUCUCGAGAUCAGGAACCAUCUACACCAGCCGGAGUGGAUCUCCGCGACAGGACAUUUAUGUUUAUACCCGGAUUUCUAGACUUCACAGUACCAGAAUCGGAAGGCGUCGCUGACCUAGCCUUUUUCAAUCGAACUUCACCAAAACUCGUUCCUCUUCUCUAUCAAACGUGGCGCGAAAUCAUCGCUUUAUCCCAUUCAACUUGGGGAAUGUGGACCACCCAACUAAGUUCUAUCUUCCAUCGAAUGGUUCACUCUAACACCAUACUUCUCAGCAGCUUCGCUACGAAGUCUGAUCCUGCACCUCAGAAGAAGGAUCUUGGACGGUUCUUCAUCAGUCACCUAAAUUUUGUCACACCACUUCUUUCGACGAUGGAAUGGCACGAGAUACCCUCUAUCUCCCCACUUUCUCAAUGUCCUUUCGAGCAGCGCUGA